AUGAAUGAAGCAGAACCAUACCAGUGGGCAGUAGACCUGGUGAACACACGCGCCAAUGCAUCUUCCAAAGUAAAGAUAACCAAAAAGUUUCCCUCCCCUCCAGGCUACGUAGAGACGAAUUCACAAACGUCAACAACGAAGGGUAAAAAGAAGAACAGUGCUGCCACGGCAGUGAAUUCUACGCAGAUUAACGAAUUGCAAGUGCAGAAGGCGUGGCAGAUCGCGCUGCAGCCAGCCAAAUCUGCUCCGAUGAACUUUUUCAUGUCGUACAUGUCUGGUACUAGUCUUCAAAUCAUCCCCAUCAUGACUGCAUUGAUGCUAAUAACGGGACCAAUACAAGCACUAUUCAGUAUUAAGGCUGCAUUUAAACCUGUGAUGGGCAACAAGGCUACUGCGGAGCAGGUCUAUGCGGCUAUGAUAGUUUACGUUUUGGGACAAGGUGUGCUCAUGUAUAUCGGUUUGAGGAAGCUGAACCAGAUGGGGUUGGUUCCCAACACGAAGAGCGACUGGUUGGUGUGGGAGACAAUAACUGAUUAUCAACAAUACGUGAAAUCUUUCGUUGUUUAG